CGCGUGACUUGACGCGCGUUGGGAGCAAUGGUUUGUAUUGAUGUGAGCGUUGGCGUCUCCCUGUCAGAUGAGCGUGUGUCGAGGCCGACCUGUGGUCAGUCACCCAGAACACUGUUGGAGGCCAAAGUUUACAGUAGAGCCUGUAUAUCCAGCGGCUCUUAUCUCCCUCAGAGGACACAGAGAGCCGUGAGACCGGUGUGGGCGAUACAUACAGCAUGUAGCCAGGACUGAGGACGACUGUGCCUGUUCUCUCUGCCUUGGCCCGCUUUCUGCUCCCGUCCGCUGCACUGAUCCGAGCCCCGGUGACACACGCUGGAGCUAUGGGUGGGAGUCUGGGCUGCCACCGCUCCAUCCCCAAGGACCCGACGGACUUCAGCUGCGGCAAGCGCAAAUUCAGCGCUGCGUGUAACUUCGGCCACAUUCUGGUGAACCAGGAGCGGCUAAACAUCAACACUGCCACUGAGGAGGAACUCAUGACUCUACCGGGAGUCAACCGCACUGUUGCGCAGAAUAUCGUGGAGUACCGGGACUGUAUCGGGGGCUUUAAAAAGGUGGAAGACCUGGCUCUGGUGAGCGGGAUCGGGGCCACCAAACUGGAAGUUAUCAAACUGGAAAUAUGCGUCUCCAGCAGGACCAGUUCGUCUCAGCACUCCCCGUCCUCCCUGCGCAAAGAUCUGGAUCACCAGUCCUGCACUGGGAUGAACAUUAACACCGCUACCCCGGCGCAACUCAUGAGCAUCCGAGGUAUCUCGGAGAAAAUAGCCAAGAACAUCGUGGCGUACAGGGCGGAACACGGCCCGUUCAAAAGCAUCGAGGACCUGGUGAGGGUCAACCACAUCAACAGCUCUCUGCUGGACAAAAUCCGCUUCCAGGUGUUUGUGGAGCGCUCCAGGGCGCCGUCCACCAACACCAAUGGAGGGUUGACCUGCACCACCAAAUCCCAUCCCAGCCCGACUUCUUUCAGCCUCAUGAGCGACGACUUGGAUCUCCCACCCGGGGGACCGACCCAGAUCAUCUCUGUGCGGCCCAAUGUGGAGCCCCCUCCUGGCCUGCGGGACGGGAAGCCCGUGGUGCGCCUGGGCACCUGGAGCCUGCAGGGCUGCUCCUGCGACAAGGCCAACAACCCGGGGGUCAAAGAGGUUGUGUGCAUGACCGUGCUGGAGAAUGACAUCAAGUUACUGGCAGUGCAGGACCUGCUCGAGCGGGAGGCUCUUGAUAAGUUCUGUGUGGAGUUAAACCAAGGAACGCUGGCCAGCGUACGGAAAUGGAAAUGGCCUCGAGGACUGUGGAAAAGUGUUGUGUCUGAAAAACCCACUGGACUGUCCAGCAAGGGAGUGAGCUACUCUGGCUUUCUAUGGGACUGUUCAUCUGGUAUUGACCUGAGGGAUGCUGCGGUUCUGGAGUCUCCUGCUGCCAAUGGCAAUGGGACUAAUACCCACCCUCGCCUCUACCUGGCUCACUUCUCUGUUGGUUCGUAUGAGCUCACGGUGGUGAACGUCCACAUGCAGGCGACAGCUGCGUCAGGAGAGUCUAAUGGCAAGAGCAACAACACAGAUGAGGCCAAGUGUCACCGCCUUUCCCCCACCAUCCAGGAAACACUCAAAGGUGAAAAGGAGUUGGUGGUGCUAGGCGAUUUUGGCUCCCCUCCUCAGAGCUCAGAAUUGGACAUACUGAGAAAAGAGAAGUUCUGUCCCCUGAUACCAUCCACCCAGUUCACCAACAUCAGCACACGCUCACCACAGGGCACCCGCUGUCUGGACAACAUCUGGCUGAGCCGCUCUCUCAAGAAGAUCCAUUCUGGACACAGUAUGGUGGUGCGGGAAGGCUUGACCAACCCCUGGAUCCCGGACAACUGGUCUUGGGGUGGAGUGGCAUCAGAUCACUGCCCUGUGGUUGCUGAGUUUUAUGCAUAUGUGUCCCCUAAGGAAAUAAGCAGGCCUGGUAUGGCAGUGGUGGACAGAGGAGACAUUAUGCCCAAACAUGAGCGGUGACAACAUCCACGGUCACUGAAGAGAGCGGUGGGAGACGCUGGACUUUGUCCUUUCUGGAUCCUGCUUUGUCUUGGUUAACCACGGAGCGAAGAGUUUGCUGAUGAAUGUGAAGAAGUGCCGAGAAUUGCCUUUGGGGUUUCAUUUUAUCAGUGAAAAAUAUUAAAUGGUAAGUCAUAGAGCCAUAAAAUGUCCAGACAAAUUAUAUAUAAUGAACUUUAAAAAAGAAAUGUGCCAAACAUUUUCUAUAUCUGUAUGAAAUAAAGAGAAAUUAAUAGAUGUUC